AUGGCAUCAUUAAGACAGACAUUCGCAUCGUCCUCUCGAAUCACCUUGCAUCAUUUCCACCCUUCUUUGUAUACUACACCCAGACCUCUGUUCAGAUUAGCUUCUUCUCUAGCUCAAUCGACAUCGACCGAAUCUUCCUUCAAAGGGAUUCCAGCUCCAGCUUAUUCUGGUCCUAUCAAGGAACUAAGCAAAGGCAAAGCGAAAGAUGAUAUUCACGCUACUACCAUGACACCGACUCCACCAACAAAGAAAGCUGAGAGGAGAAAAGUAGAAUUGAAGGGAAAGAAGAGUGCCAUCACCAUGACUCCAUCUGCGAUUGCAAGACUUCAAGCACUGAUCUCGUCACCUACAGAACCGAAAUUACUGCGAAUAUCAGUCAAAUCACGUGGAUGUGCUGGCAUGGCUUAUCAUCUGGAUUACGUCCCCCCUCCAGGAGGUAGAUUCGAUGAAGUGGUAGAGCAAGACGGAGUGAAAGUUUUGAUUGAUAGUAAAGCUUUAUUCAGUAUUAUAGGAAGUAGAAUGGAUUGGAGAGAUAAUAGAUUGAGUGCUGGAUUCGUCUUUGACAACCCAAACGUAGUAGAUACUUGUGGAUGUGGUGAAUCAUUCAACAUCCGACCUUGA